AAAUAAAAAUAAAAAUUAACAGUUUAAGAUUUAAAUAUUACUAUUACACUACACAAACCAACACUUGGAUGUAAUACAAACAAACAUUUAGCACUUAGUCAUUUACAAAUGUCCAUCUCCAGUGGAAGAAGCUUUUUGCUGUUGAUCGUCUUCAUAAUCCGUUUCUUGGGCUCUUCAGAAACCAUGUAGAUCUUCACCUCUUCAUUUCCUCACCAAACAAUCAAAGAAAUAAAGAGAGAGAGAGAGAGAGAGAGAGAGAGAGAGAGAGAGAGAGAGAGAGAGAGUGAGAGAGAAGAGAGAGAGAGAGAAUGGAAUUUGAGGAGCACGAAGAGCACGAGGAGGAGAUGGAGAUGGAGAUGCAGGCGGCGCCCCCAGGUUACGACUCGACUGCGGCGAGUUCCAGGGUCAAAAUGGGGCCCACCCGUGAGGGCACCGUCUCCACCGCAAGAAAGAGGGGGGCAACCUCCACAGCGGCAACCACCAACACCACCACCACCCUCACCACCAUGGUCAGGUACAGAGAAUGCCUCAAGAAUCACGCCGUCAGCAUCGGAGGUCACGCCGUCGACGGCUGCUGCGAGUUCCUGGCUGCCGGGGACGAGGGAACAAUGGACGCGCUCAUAUGCGCCGCCUGCAACUGCCACCGCAACUUCCACCGCAAGGAGCCCGAGGGCGAGCUGAUUCAUCACCACCAGGGUGGUACUACUGGGCCCUACCACCAGAGCGGUGGGCCCCACCACCACCUCCUCCAGCACCAAUUUUCCUCGGGCUUCUAUCGCCCACCGCCACCACCAUCUGGCUACCUGAUCACCUCUCCGCACGCAAGACCCACUCUAGCCUUGCCUGCAGCGUCAGGUGGUGGCGGUGGGUCUCAUAGUAGGGAGGAUGGAGAGGAUGUCUCGAACCCCAGCUCGAGCGGCGGUGGCGGUGGAGGAGGAGGAGGAUUUGGGAUAAAUAAGAAGAGGCACCGGACCAAGUUCACGCACGAGCAGAAGGAGAAGAUGCUGGAGUUUGCGGAGAAAGUUGGGUGGAGGAUUCAGAAGCAUGACGAGGCAGCGGUGGAGGAGUUUUGUGGAGAGACUGGAGUGAAGCGACAGGUUCUCAAGGUUUGGAUGCACAACAACAAGCACACCCUCGCAUGAAACUGAAGAAGCUGAUCAAAUUCACCGAUUUUUGAGCUUAACGGACACAUGUGAUCUCAUCAGAUGAGAGCAUCUAUUUACAGCAGGGCUGGAUUGGUUUAAUAAAUUUGUUCUUUUCUUUAUUAGGAAAAUAUUUUUUUGGAUUUUUUUUUCUAUCUCGAAAAGCAUUAUGCAUGCGUUAACGACACGUAUCAUGCAUGCCGAUAUCGCGCUGUAAGUUCACACAAAUUAUAACACGUAUAUUGAAUUUUGAAAUUAGUCAGACUGCUCUCGUUUACACAAAUUAUAACACGUAUAUUGGAUUCUAAAAUUAUUCAGACUACUUUCGUUUACACAAAUUAUAACACGUAUAUUGAAUUCUGAAACUAGUCAGGUUGCUCUCGUUUUCUUAAUCCAUUCAGCUUGUGUUUCAUCUUCUUAUGCUGGUUUAUUUCUUCUUUCACUUUGGUGUUAUA